AUGACUACAGGAUUCGUGUAUGUCCACGACAUCACCAAGGAAAGUCGAGGUAUCUUGGGACUGGCAGUACCAGCAGAACCUUGGGCAUCAAAGGGACUACCACCUCCUCUCUCCGGAGCUGGCGGUGCCGGUGCCGGUGCCGGUGAUGGUGAUGCAUCCGGAUUUGGCGUGCUCGUCGCGCUCGGGCUCUCUGUGUCCGGGCGCGGGGGUGGAGAAGAUGGGGGAAGUGCCGACGUCGGCGCUCGGGCUGUCGUUGUGGAAGCGGCCGAUGAUGCUGUAGACGCUGGCGGAAUGAUAGUAGACAGGAUGGGCGCAUUGGUUUCUCUGGAAGCCGUCGUCGUCGUCAUCACCACCGUCGUACUCGCCGGCGGUCGCUGCAGGCCGUUCCCGCACAGCGUAUUUACGAGGUUCCCCUCCAUCGCCGACGCCAACACGGAGCCCGAGGGCACGUCGACGUUGCCGGCGCCACACACGAGCUGCAGCGUGGCUUCGACGCUUUGA